CUGUUGCGUAUGAUCUGAUAGGGGAGAUUACUCUCAUAUUGUUUUAUUAUUUCCCUUAAUGUGCAAAUAUAUAAUGGCGGCAAACAAGGAAGCAAUUGCCAUUGUUCUUGAUGUGGGGCCUUCCAUGAAUCAGGCAGGACCACAGGAAGCAACAAGUCUCCAGUCAGCCAUUGGUGCCAUAACUAUGAUCCUACAGCGCAAAAUAUUUUCUGAGUCCAAAGAUGAAAUAGCCCUGGUACUGUUUGGCACAACUGAGACUAAGAAUCCUCUAGCAAAUGGCAAGUGUUAUGAGAAUAUUACUAUUAAGCGACCAAUGGGAAUUGCUGACCUGGAACUACUGCAGAUGGUACAGAAUGAUAUUCAGGCAACCACUCAAUCAGCAGACUUUAUUGAUGCCUUGAUUGUGGCUUUGGACCAUUUGGAGCAGGGAAUACAAGGCAAGAGGGGAUUUGCUUCUAAACGGCUGAUACUGCUAAGUGAUCUUGCUGGACCCUUUGGUGAUGACCAGUUGGAUAUUAUUAUAAAAGCCAUCUGCAACUCCAACACAGAAAUCAACAUCAUAGGACCAGAUCUGGAAGAAGAAGAUGCACAUGAGGACAGAAAAACAGGACAGCAGAAAGAAAAAACUCCACAGCAAAGGGCAGGAGAGGCAAUGGCAAAGUACAUUUUAGAGCAGGUCAAUGGAGAAGGAUAUUCCUUCAGGGAGGCACUUCCAGCACUCAGCUACUUCCAGUCACGCCAGGUUCGGCCAACUGCUUGGAAAUGCCAGUUAGAGAUUGGUCCUGACCUUAAAAUCCCUAUCAAUGGUUACAUCAAGAUGAAGGAUUUCAAGCUUAAACAAAGUUGGAAGAAGGUGUAUGCCAGGGAUCCUGAUAAAACAGUUGUGACUAGCCGCACAUAUCACCUUGGUGAUGAUGCAGAGACAGAGGUGGAUGCUGAGGAUGUAGUGGAGGGUUACUGUUAUGGUAGUGACCGUAUUCCCAUGUCAGCAGAAGACAAGGAGAGCAUGAAAUAUAAGGCAGAAAAGUGCUUCAAAGUAUUAGGAUUCACCAAACUAGAGAAUGUGAAGCAACACCAUUACAUGGGAGACAGCGUACUCAGCAUUACAGGAGAAAAAGGAGAUCCGACGGCAAUGGUGGCUUUGUCUAGCAUUAUCAAUGCUCUUUAUGAAACCAAUUAUGUAGCCAUUGCCCGCCGUGUGUAUGAUGCCCGCAGCUCUCCACGUAUAGGUUGUCUUAUCCCGCACAUCAAGGCCAGCUACCAGUGCUUGCACUGGAUUGAGCUGCCUUUUGCAGAAGACUUGCGCACCUUCACAUUCGGGUCUCUGCCUGUCAGAGAAGGUACUGGCAGCAAGAAGUAUGCUCCAUCAGAAGAGCAGCUGGCAGCCGUGGAUGAGCUCAUUACAUCAAUGGACCUGAGUUCAGCUGCUACGGAGGACAAUGGAGAGAAACGUGAAGCCUUCAAACCAAAAUUGACUUUUAAUCCCUACUUUCAGCGUGUAUAUCAGUGCUUACAGCACCGAGCACUUCAUCCUGGCGAAGACUUACCCGCAUUGUCUCCUCUGAUUGCUGCAUGCUUGCAGCAGCCCCAGGAGGUGGCAUGUGCAGCACCUAUAGAAAGGUUACGCAAAUUGUUCAAACUGGAGACUGUUGCCAAGAAGAAGGAUGAACAGACAGGGGAAUCUGUUUUUAGGAAGGAUGCUGGUGAUGGUCCUCAUGUCAUACGACCAAAGACUGAUGAUGACCUUUCUGGAGGUUUGGAAACCAUCACAAAAGCAAGAGUCACAGAAGUUGGAACAAAUACACCUAUAGAUGAUUUCCAAGAUCUCUGCAGCAGGAAAGAUAAAGACCUGUUUGAUGAAGCAUGCCAACAGAUGCAGCAACGUGUGCAGCAGAUUGUCACAGACUCCUUUGGCCAACAGUUCUAUAGAAAAGCCAUCGACUGUCUCAUCGUAUUGCGGCAGGAGUGUAUCAAGAAAUUGGAGCCAAGACUAUACAAUAGAUUUAUCCGAGAAUUCAAGAACACACUGACAUGCAAGGGAAGACAAGACUUUUGGGAUAAGUUGCUGGAGGAGAAAUUGAGCCUGAUAAGCAAGCUUGAGAGUGAGUACAGCGAUGUCAGCAAGGAGGAGGCAGAUACCUUCACUGCAGGGCAGGUUCUACGGGAUGAGGUCACUGCUCGCCAAGAAGAUGAGACCACUGAUGACCUUCUCAUGGAUAUAUAAUCUGUACUGCUCCUCUGGGAUGCUAAGGGUUGCAUCUUUAAGGAUCAUUACCGUCAAUCUGUACAGUAAUGAUUUUUUUGACUGUACAGUUUGUUCAGGUUAACAAUGAUCUGUGUAGAAAGAUGGUUUGUUCAGAGAUGAGUGCAGACUGCAAUACCUGUCAUUGGUCAUUAAUUUCAGUUGUUACUUUAAAUGCAGAAAAUAUGAAGCAUCCAUGCCAUGUCCAUUACUAAGCAGGGCAGGGACUAAUUUGAUAUGGCUUCUUUCUGAUCAGGCUGCAACGCAAAUUCUGCAUUUUGAAAAACAUUCUAAUUAUUGGACAAUGAAAGUUCAUGAUUCACAAUUCUGGAGCGAGAAUUAUAUCUAGGCUUUACUUUGUAUCAGGAUUAUCCUGAUGCAUGCUGAAGUUUUUGGGUACACAAGGUUAUUUGGGUUGCCUAUGGAGUGAUGACUGUGUGAGGUGGUUAUCCACUUUUGGUUGGAUGCCUUUCACCCCAAAAACUGAUUAUUAUUGCAGAGCAUUGAAGUAAUGCUGGAAUAAAAUCAGAAAAGACUGUCAAA